AUGGCUGACCUGAGCAACAUCCAGUCCGCAGCUUCCAAGAGCAUCCGGCCUUUCCGGUCCAGUGAGGAGUAUCUCUACGCCAUGAAGGAGGACCUGGCUGAGUGGCUCAACAUCCUCUAUGGCUGGGAUGUCCAGGUGGAGAAUUUCAUGGAGACCCUGGAGACCGGGUGUGAUCUCUGCCAACAUGCCAACAAUGUCAACCGCAUUGCUCUGGAGUUCCAGCAACAGCACCCAGAAGUUGCUGCCUGCAUGAGGGUGCCCCAGAAUGAGGUUGUCUACCAGGCCAAGAAUGUGGUGCCCGGCUCCUUCAUCGCCAGGGACAACGUCUCAAAUUUCAUCCAGUGGUGCCGGCAGGACCUGGGCAUCCAGGACGUGCUGAUGUUCGAAACCAAUGACCUGGUGCUGAAGAAGAAUGAGAAGAACUUCGUCCUGUGCCUUCUAGAGGUCGCUAGGAGGGGCUCCAAGUUUGGGAUGCUGGCCCCCAUGCUGAUCCAGAUGGAGCAGGAGAUUGAGGAGGAAAUGAGGGAUCAGAUAGCCUAUGGGGGGCUGGAAACCCAGGAGGAUAGCCAAGACCUGGGCCCUGAGUCACCUGUCUACCCUAGCAGGGUGCAGAGAAUCUCCUUGUGUGACCUCAAGAACCUGGAUGAGCUGGUGCGAGAGAUUCUGGGCUGCUGUACCUGCCCCUCUCAGUUUCCCAUGAUCAAAGUCUCAGAGGGUAAAUAUAAAGUGGGAGACUCCAACGCGCUGAUCUUUGUUCGAGUGCUGAGAAGCCACGUGAUGGUGCGAGUAGGUGGCGGAUGGGAUACCCUGGAGCACUACCUGGACAAGCACGAUCCCUGCCGAUGCGCAUCCCUCUCGCAUCGUCUAAUGCAGACACGUGCCCUGGGCUUCUCCCCGCAGAAGAUGGCAUCUCCUGGCAGCUUCUCUCCCAGCCCCCGAGCUGCCAGCCCCAGCUCCCAGCGCCCCUCGGAAGGCAUGAACCCCUACCGGCCAACGGAGACCCUCCGCACGGGGGAUAAGCGGCUCUCAGCUGGUGGGGACUUGACCCAGGCCAAGAUGGACCGGUCCAGCCAUCCGGCCAGGGGGGCAGGAGAUCUGUCUGUCCAAUCGGACUCCUCAAGGCAGAUCCCCAAUGUGACAUCACACGGCAGGCAGGAGAAGCUGGAAGGGCUCCCCCCAAGGGCUGGCACAGUCCCCUCAUCUGGCCAGAGCUCCUCCGGUCUCUCGAGGAGCUCCACGCCACUGGCGCACCGCGACGUAUCUGAGCCGCGAGCUUCAACCACUCUCAGGCUUCGAGACCAGCUGCCCCCCAGAGCCAGACGCCUCUCCGGAGACAGCGACUCCUCCGCAUCAUCCACGCAGAGUGGCACCCUAGGCAGGAGGUGCGGCGAGGAUGGUGCCUUGCGAACCACGCACAGGAAGGAGGUGGGGAAGCACAUGCCCGAAUGGGCCCCCAAGAGUCAGCCUUCAAGCCGUAGCCAGUCACGGGAGCGCGGGGCCUUCUUGGGACCGAGACCGUCGGUGGGGGCCAGGAAGGCAGAGCCAGAGGAGCGGAGCCGGCCUCGCCUGGUGAACGGGCCUGGCAGGCCCAGCCCCAGAGCGCGGAGCCAGGGGAGAGGUGGCGGGGAGCCAGUGCUGCUCAUCAGCCGAGGAAAGGACGGGCAGCACUCCUGGGCACGGGCCAACGAGGUGAAGGAGAACGGCCUAAACUCUGGCCGAGCUACCCCCAGGACCAAGAGCCCGACUCGCGGGCACCUCCCUCGGGUGGGCUCCAGGAGCCCUGCCCCCACCGGUCGCAGAGCAUCCCUUCCUGCCAACAAACUGGCAGAGCCCUCGGUCCGGGCACCUCCGCAGAUGCUGGGGUCUGUGAGGCAGUGGCAGGCGGGCGAGACUGAGCCAAGGGUCCCUGUGAGGGAGCGGCUCUCUGGGGACACCCUCCAGGCCAGGCAGCUGUCUGAGAGCUUCAACCAGGAGCUGGAGGAGCUGGCACAGAGCUUCCGGACCCCUCUGCGCCUGGACCCGAGCCAGGAGCAGCAGCUGUACCGGUGCCUGGAGGAAGAGUUCCUGGCCAACUCCCAGAUGAUCGAGCUGGCCGGGGAUGAUGGGGAGCCCCUGGGCUGCGCCCACGAUCCAGGGCAGCUCCAGCAGACCACGCCAGACCCAGGGGCCAUUGACUCUGCCUACUGCUCCUCCAGCUCCUCCUCCUCCUCGCUAAACUUCUUCAGCAAGCACGGCUUCCAGGCAGACUUUGGUGAGCGGUCCAAAGACGACCCCAAGAGGAACCCUGCAUCCCAGCGCCCAUGGGCCUCCAAUUGUAGCACAGGCCCCACUGAGCUCCAGAAUGGCUCUGGCUGGGACUCCCAAAUGGCCCUGGAGCCGGCCACAUGCUGGAGGAAGCCGGCUCUCUCAAGUUCCUCAGAUGAAAGUAACUACUACACAGCCUUGAAUGACCUCCAGGAGGUGGCCGAGGGAGUAGAGGUCUCAGGUCCGGGCAUGGAUGUGGCCUGGACCAUCUUGGAGCUUGCGGGCUCUGACACAGACUUGGGACCCUCGGCCCCAGAUGAGCUGAUGAAGACCGAGGAGGACUCCGUGGAGGGGCCUUUUGGUGAGACGUCCCUAGAUGGAAUGCCGGAUGUACUCCAGACACAGGAGGUGGUGCUGAGGCAAAAGAAGUCCCUGAAGAAACCAGGCCGAGUGCCUUCCAUCUACAAGCUGAAGCUGCGGCCCAAGGCCAAGCCACGUGUAGACACUCAGCCAGAUAAGAAGCCCUCCAAGAUACCCACGCCGCUCAGCUACAAGACGUCCGGCGCCUCACCCAAGGGGAGCCCUCCCAAGCGCCCAGCUGAGCACAAGCCCUGGAGAGCCUUUCACAGCGUUUUCUCCUCCUUCAUGGAGCCGCCGCAGGGCCAGAUGGAGCCAGGAGGGCCAGACGAGGACGCCUGGGCGUGA